GUGGCCUUUGCUAUAGCUUAGCUGAGCUCCGACCAUCUUCCCUUCUUCUCUUCCACCCUCCUAUCUGCUCUCCGGCUAUCGGUCUUCCUCAACUGCUUCUCAUACUCAAUAGCAAUAAAUACAUCUACUAAAUAUACAAUAAGCAAUCUGUAAUAAACAUAUAUUCACUUCUAUAACCCCUUCUCUCCUCUCGUCCACUCGAAUUAAGGCCGCGCACGGACGCAGGAACCGGUGGGUCCGUCCGCCUGUCGGUCGUUGGCUCGGGCGGGUCGACGCACUUCCGCUUAUCUUUGCUCCUCCUCCUCCUCCUCCUCUUCCUCAUAUCAUCUUCCUCUCUUCCUCUACUCUACCCUACUCUACUCCUCAUCACAACAUCGCUAUUACUCUACUAUCAUCACCAUGCUGGAAGACUCUUCCUUCCUCUACUCUGACCUCCACCUCCUCCUCCCCGACCCAAAACACUUCCCUCCCGACUCCGACCCUGAUCUAUCUCCUCGCUCGACCGCCCUCUCCCUCAAACCCGAUCACCCGCUCGACCCCAAUUCCCUCUACCACCACUUCUUCUCCCCCUCCGCCGACAUCCCCCUCGACCUCUUCAACCCCGACUCCCUCCUCUUCUCCUCCUCCUCCCACUCCACCGCCUCCUCCACUCCCUCCUCCUCCUCCUCCUCCGCCUGGUCCCCCACCCUCCUCGACCACCAACCCCUCCCCUCCAUCCACUCCUCCUCCUGGCCAGUCAUCCCCGACGUCUCCACAAAAGCCAUCUGCGACGCCUGGUCGACCUCCGUGAACUCCUCCGCCACAUCCAUCUCCCCUUCCUCCAUCUACCAAUCCACCCCCGACCUCUCCCGCAGAGACACCGUCUCCAGCAUCGCCACCACCACUACCUCCACCGCCGACACCUACGAACCCAAGCGCUCGCUCUCCGACGUUCCCGACUUCUCUAUCUUCCUCGCCGAAGGCCCUUUCGCGCCCAAACACGACCUCACCUACUUUCCCGCCGACCGGCAUCUCCAACUCAACUUCCACUCCGAGUCCCUUCCCGUCUCCCCCCAUGACAUCCCUCACGACAUUCCCCACGACCUCUCCCAUUUCCAAGACCACUCCUCCGUCUCCUCCGCCUCCUCCUCCUCCUCCUCAUCUACAUCAUCCUCCUCCGUCUCCACCACCUCCACUCCCCCCGCGUUCGAGCACAUGUCAAUCCCGCUCUCGACCGGAAUAAUCAACGUCUCCGUCCCCCACCCGGAACUCGACGACCCCAACGAACCCCACAUCCAGCAAUUCCCGCUUCCUCUCCCGGAAAUGCCCCGCAAGCACUCCCAGAACCGCACCUACCGCUGCCGCCACUGCCUCCAACUCUUCACCUCCUCCACCGACCUCAAAGCCCACGUGCUCUCCCUCCCCGACGCCACCCUCGCCCAGCGCCCGUACAAGUGCGCGGACGAGGCCUGCGACUGGCACGUCAUUGGCUUCCACCGCAACAACGACUGCACCCGGCACUUUCGCCAGGUGCACGGCGUCAGGGAGUUUGUCUGUCGCUGGCAGGGCGUGCGGGAUUGUCGCACGCACAGGUUCGUUACCGCCUGGUUGCGCAAUCGGCAUGAGCGCACGGUGCAUGCUAUGGAGCUUGAUAAGCCGGAUGCGGAGGAGGAGGAGGCCGAGGCGGAGAUGGAGAAGAAGAUGAAGAAGAAUGCGGCGAAGAGGAAGCGUAAAACGUGAGCUUGUAUAUUUCUUUGCUUUUUGUUUAUGUUGUUUUUAAUUUUUCAUGAUGUUUUGGGUGUCUUCUGGUUUGCUUUUUUGUUCUUUUUGUGCUUUUGUCCUUCUCGUGCUUUUGUUUUGUUUUGUUUUUGCGUAAUUACUUUGGCGAUGAUACAUUAUACGAAUACACAGUCCUAUUUUCAAAC